AUGCCGCCCCACGUCGACGUGGGUGAAGCAAACCCUCGAACAAACUCAUUAAGCUCCGGCGUUCAAAUCACAGACAUAAAAGCAGGUAUCCGUCCUUCGAGGGGCGGGUUUAAUGAUUCGGAGUUCGAUGACCUAGACCCAGAUUUCCCAGAUAUCAUUACCCCGCGCCCCAAUUCAUCUGGAGAUGCCUCCUCUAUAACUAUAAGCGAUGAAGAACUCGGCUUUAGGGAGCGAAUAUAUUCCGUCAUCGACGGCUCCACUUUCACCGCUAUUCUAGCUGUCAUCCUCCUCAUCGAUUAUCUUUUGCUGCUGCUCCAAAUCCUUCUGCUUCUUGGCCAAGAGGGCCCUGCAAUGGACGCUCUUGACAGUCUGUACAAAGCGUUGGAUUGGAUAACAGCUUUCGUAUUUCUAACUGAAACAAACGCAAGACUUUUCUGCUAUGGUGCCUUCUUUUACUUUAACAGCGCUCUGCGAUCUUGUGAAUAUUUAGUCAGCGCAACCAAUGCCGUCUUUGUAGUGAUGUGGCACAUUUCCUCUCUGCCCUGGCUUCAAAUUACACGAUUCAUCAGACUCAUGCGUAUUAUAACCAUCAUUGUCACAUGGAGAGAGAGAAAGCUCAAAUGGAGAACACGCCAGGAGCUUGAGGCACUUGCUAAACUUCUUGAAAAGGAAAAGAGUGAACGGACCCGCCUGACAAAGUGGCGAAUACAGUCUGACGAUAUUGCAAUUGGCGAAAAAGCUGGGCAUGGCGGCUUUGGAACGGUAUUUUCAGGGCUUUUUCGUGGCACUCUCGUUGCAGUCAAGCAACUUUCUUCGUUUGAAAGAGAUCAGAGUUCUAUUUCCAUCGAAGACGAGGCUAUCACUCUCGUAAAUCUGCGACACCCAAACGUCGUUCUGUUUAUGGGCUUCGUACAUGAACCUUCAAAACUUUGGAUUGUUACAGAAUACUGCUCAAGGGGAUCUCUCCGUGAUCUUCUUGACGAUGACAGGUUUCCGCUCACGCAAGGAAGAGCUCUGAAGCUGGCUCUAGGUGCUGCCCACUUCGGUCUCAGUCGCAACAUCGAAAAUACAGAAAACUGCUUCUCCGGAACGGUUCAAUAUGCUGCUCCAGAAGUGCUUGAAUCAAACUCGUUCUCCACCGCCGCGGAUAUCUAUUCGUUUGGUGUAUGCCUAUGGGAGAUUGCUGCGCGAGAGGUCCCAUUCAAAGAAGAGUCACCAAUGUCAGUGCUAUGGGGUGUAGUGAAGUCAAACUUGCGGCCUUCUAUGGGUCAGUUGUUCAUUAGGGAUUUCGACCAUGACUCAGAACUUGGCGGAAACGAAACUGAUGCGAGAACUGAGGCAGCGGCGACAGCGGCAGUGGAUAUAAACCAGACUCACCGUGACAAUGAAAAUCGGAACGGGCAGGUUGAUGACUUUCACAGAACAGAGAGUAGACAGCAUCAUAGCCAACGAAACUCAGUCCCAUUCCCUAAGAAUCAAUGCUUCAGAAAUAACGCAAUGUUUGGACAAGUACAGCGAUGCGAAGAACUACCCAGAAUGGACAAAAAACGAUCGAAAUCACUUCAAGAUGGUCGCAGGAAGACUGCAACUUUCAGUCGUGGCGAUUACACAGCAAUGAGCGAAACGAUACGUCCAGUGACGCGUACAAAUCUGCGCACUCAGGAAUUCGACCCAAUCGAGACCUCAAAGAAGAAAACUACUGCUUUAAGUCAAAGCAGGUGUGGCGGGAGAUCUGUCUUUCCGAAAACAGAUACGUUGGCUCCAAGAGCUGGGCAGGGGAAUGAUCGAAGGACGCCAGGGGGGCAAUUAGACAAUUUAUCUAGGCGGGUGACGGCUACGAUUCACAAGUUUGAUGAUAGGCCUCCAAUUGUACGACGAAAGGAAGGUGAAGAUUCCGGCCGCUCUCCGCGAGAAGUAAUUUCCCGUGGGAGCGACGCUCUUGCCUCAGAUGCACAACCCAGGCUCUCCUCUAAGACCAGAAGUCCUUUCUCCAACAGAAAUUCUCCGCCGCGAAAAUCUCGUGCUUGUGAUUUUUCACGUGCUCAUCUAUGUGCCGCCAGAGUACGUAGAACUUAUGCAAUUGUGUUGGGCCCAGAACCCAAAUCAACGACCCAGUGCUAG